GUGUGGGGGGGGGAGAGAGAGAGAGAGAAAGAAACGGUCCCAAGUCGCAAGAGAAAGAUGGCGGCGCGCGCACGGCUGCCCUUGCGCCUCCCUAAAACGCUGCCUCCGCUUCAACGGCGAAGGCUGGCCCACACGGAGCCCGCCGCGAAGGAGCCCGCGUACCCGCCCGUGGUCCCCUCCCUCACGGCCAAGAGCAAGUCGGCCCGGCAACGGCAGGCCGAGGAGCGGGUGCAGAAGAUCCACGAGUCGCCCGUGGAGGAGAAGAUCUCCCUCUACACGCGCAUCCAGCGGAAGAAGUUCGUGGUUUACCCCCAGACGUUCGCACGCAACGCGGACAAAUGGUACCAGCACUUCACCAAGACCGCGUACAUCCCGGGGCUGCCCGAGAGGUUCGGCCCGGGGAGGACGACCGAGGCCGGGGGGGAGAGCUCGCUCGCCGCAGCCGCCGCCGCACCGGUGCCGGGGGUGGACGGCGAUGCGUUCGCGGACAUCCGCGCCUUGGUCGGCCGUGUGAUUUUACAGGAGCACUCGCACACGAAGAAACCCAAAGCCUUCCUGUUCCGAGAGCAGGAGCAGAACGUCGGUCCUUUCGUGAGGAACCUGGUGACGGGACUCACCCACAGCGUGGGGAGACUCAACCCGCUGCUGCGCCUCUCCAGUCUGGAUAUUGCUCCUCGGGUAAACUUUUAUUGGAGGAGAGGACAGAGAAUCAUCCCAAAGGGGCACCGAAGAGGCCGACUAGAGCCGACCAGGUUCCAGAUCGAUGACCAACCGCUGUGCCAGAUCAGGAUUCCUCAGCAGCUGCAGCAGUUCACCCCGCUGGAGGCCUCAUACGCAGCCGAAGUUCCAGAGGUCACGUUGGCCCCUGACCUGAUGCCUAUGUUCAGACGGCAGUACGACAACCACAUCUUUACAGGCGCCAAGCUGCCGGACCCGGCAUGCUACGGUCACACGCAGUUCCACCUGGUGCCCGACCGGUACCACAGGGACCGCUUUGCUCGGCGGCAGCAGUCGGAUCAGGUGGAGGUCUUCCUCCGAGCCAACGGGCUCGCCAGCCUCUUCGCCUGGACGGGGGCUCAGGCCAUGUACCAGGGUUUCUGGCCCCACGAGGACGUCCGCAGACCCUUCGUGUCGCAGGCCGUGGUCACGGACGGGCGGUUCUUCUCCUUCUUCUGCUACCAGCUCAACACGGUGGCCCUCUCCGUGGAGACGGACGCCGACAACCCCCGGAGGAACCUCCUGUGGGGCACCGAGAGCCUGCGGCUGUACGAGAGCGUGCAGGACGGCGAGGUGGUCGGCCUGGACGACGGCGUCGUCGAGCUCCUGGUUCGGUUCCUCAUGAACCAGCCGUAGACUUUCUGUCCCAGGAGAGAUAAAUGAAUAAUGUCUCGGCUGAGAUUCCGUGACCCUUUUUUUGGGAGGAAAGGAAAAAAAGAAGAGGAAAAGCUGUCGGGAGAUGAGGGGAUUUGCCCGAUUGUAUAAAAUGUCCAGAAAAGCAGGAGCAUUAGUGAUAAACUGGCUUGUGAAAAGAUGAAUGUGCCGAGUGUAGCCUAUUUAUGCCAAAAAAUAAAAUCGUACUUUUUAGAUUGA